AUGUUACGACUCGCAACCGCCUGCCCUCCAUCGUGCCCAUUCUUCUCAUACUUGUUACCCCAAACUUGUAUAAGCUGUACCAACAGCCCGACUCUGAGCGGCUUCUGCCAUGGCCUUCUUCUUCCCUUGAGGUUGUCUUUUUUUCUCCCCCUGCAGCACGCCACGCUUCUCAUUGUUGGCGCUGCCCUUCUUGUCAUUUGGCUCAAGGUUGCUGUACUCCUCAUAAUGCGUGUUCCGUCGUUUGAAGAUUCUUUCGUUACGCCUCGCGGAAUCACGGAAACAAUGCACCAACCACCAAAUUCUUUGUCGCUAAUGACUGGCAUCCAGCUAUGCCUCGCUCACUACUGUGACCAACAUGGCCCGACCCCGCUUAUGGUCACUGAAGGUCUACCUGUCCCAUGCACCACAUGCUUCGAUGAUGGCGCCUCCAAUUUUGCCGAUCAGGAACAACUCCGACCCCGGACCAGCGCCCCAACUACAGCGGCCUCACUAAGCCAGACCGUUGCUAUGUCGGACGCCUUACGCAGGAUGCAUCUGAAUGCCAACCGCAGCUCUUCCCUGCCAGCUUCAGAAAAUGAGGCUCAGACCCAGCGCGCCGCCCUGUUGCGAGCAUCAUCCGCAACCGCGUCUCCAGCUUCCCCUCUGUCGCCCUCCGCCAUAGAAACCCCACCCGACAGCCCCCGCCGGAUAUCGGAGCAACCGCAGCCGCGACGAGACUCGAGCUUCCGACGAACCUACGACGAAUACGUAACCAAACGCGCCGGCCCUUGCGAAAACUGCGCGUUGACACUUCCGCAGCGACAGGGCGGCAAGGACAAGACCGAUCUAAAAGCUGAGCGUGGCCCAACAUUACGAACUCGUGCGCCGUACGCAAGGGUAUAUGGCCAGGCAUCUCCGCCAGCUUCCCAAGCGUCUUCGGCUAGUGACACAGACAGCGAUGGGCACCCCGAACGAAUACACCGAAGAGCCACGGGCUCAACUACAACGAGGUCUAGCAUGUCUUCGGGAAGACAUGCUAGCCACACCCACUAUCUCGAUUACACCUCCACCCAUGAGCCUUUAAUACCGACGUCUUUCUCGAUUGUGCGAUCAUCAUGCUUACGGACCCUCUCCCUCGAGACUCUUCCUCGUGCGCCUGCGAACCCGACACCGAGCGCUUCACCGCAAUCGAGCACUAUGCCCGCCUUCGUCACUACACAUAGCGCCGGAUCUGCUGCGUCUGGUGGACCCAUAUUCUUCGGGGACCCCGUGAAUGGCUACACCACAGCCUACAUCUUCCGUAUACCCGACAUGCAUGCUCGCGGUCACAAACGUGUCUAUGCAUUCCUCGCUUUAAGCACUCACAAGGAGCGUCUUGCUAUGAAGACCUUUGGUUUCAUGGCAGCUGCCUUCCGUGACUUGGCCGCAUGGAUCCAGAAGCUUGCAGAGGCAGAGGCUGAGAAAGCCGCCGAGGCGAGUCCCAUUGGAGGUCCUCAACACCAGGGUGCAUUUCCUACCAUGAAUGUGCAAGAGAGGGAGGGCCCCGAUCGUGGUGGCAGCAGCUUCCUUACUGGGGGAGGUGGCUUCACGAGGCGGAUGGGAGGCGGCCCUGGCGGUGUUUCGCUCAAGGCACGAGGCCUUGCCGAGCUCGUUGGCAUGCCCGAUUUCUUUAUUGAGCUACACGCCAAGUUUGUAAAGCUUAUGCUUGAACUUGGUGUGGUCCUGAGCUCAUGA